AGCUGAAAAUACAGAAAGGAGUGUGGUUGGGUUCCCUGUAUUCGAUUGGAAAGAAAAAGGGGAAAAUGAGUAGGGUGAUAUGCAAAUCCAUAUUAUCUCCCUCUCUCACUUCUACUCAACUUCGAAUUGCUCCGUUUCGAAGAGCCGCUUCAAGGGCUUCCCGGAUGGCACCUGAACCUUCUUCUUCGUCCUCCUCUUCAUCUUCAUCUUCAUCUUCAUCUUCUUCACCUUCCCCUUCCUCCGCCAUUGAUUUUCUCACUCUCUGCCACCGUCUCAAGACGACAAAGCGAGCAGGAUGGGAACGGAGAAAGGUUCAGGAACCAGAAUCAAUAGCUGAUCACAUGUAUCGAAUGGGAUUAAUGGCUCUUAUUGCUUCUGAUAUUCCUGGUAUCAACCGUGAUAAGUGUAUAAAAAUGGCAAUUGUGCAUGACAUUGCUGAAGCUAUUGUUGGUGAUAUCACUCCCGCUGAUGGCAUCCCAAAGGAAGAAAAGAGCCGACGUGAGCAAGCAGCACUAAAGAGCAUGUGUGAGCUACUUGGUGGAGGAGCACGAGCUAAAGAGAUCCAUGAUUUAUGGAUGGAGUAUGAAGAGAAUUCUUCAAUGGAAGCUAAGGUUGUCAAGGACUUUGACAAGGUGGAGAUGAUACUUCAAGCUUUAGAAUAUGAAAAUGAUCAGGGCAAAGAUUUGGAAGAGUUUUUUGAGUCAACUGCAGGGAAGUUCCAAACUGAUUUGGGCAAAGCCUGGGCUUCAGAAGUAGCAUCAAGGAGAAGAAAGCAGUGACCUCUUACAAGAAAAUUUGUGACACUUAUCACGGUUGACCCCUCUUUCUAGAGGCCAGUUCUUACAAUGUAGGUGGAGUUGUUAACUGUUCAUAUUUGUACUCCAGGAUGAUUGACAGAAAAGAUACUUGGGAAGACGUUAUUUCUGUUCUUGAAUCGCUAUGUUGUCAUACUUUUAUGUCUCGUUUGUCCUUAUAUUUCCUAUGGUUGCGGUGGGUGGCUUCACGUUCCAUGGUCUGGAAUUAAGAAAUUGACUACUGAAUACGUUGGUUCCGAAAUCGUGUGUUGUAGAUUUCUGUACUCAAGGGCAUAGGCCAGAACAAUUCAGAAGUUUCAUAUGCUCAACUUAUCUGAUAGAUUACUAGCAGGACGCCAUUUCUUAUUGUAAAUCAUGAAUAAUUAUGGACUGGAGAUUUAAUCCA